UUGACAAGACAUUAAUGAACAAAGGGCUGGGAGAUAUGGCUGCCGAAGGAGGAAGAGAGCAUCCCUCGCUACUCCUCUGCUCCCUCUCUCUCAACCUCAUUCUCGCCUCUCUCUUUCUUCGUGCCUCUCCAUUCUUCCGCCGUGAUGACGAGCUUACGUGGAGCCGAGAGGCUGCGGCGGAGGCUGAAGCCGCCGCUAUGGUCUCUUGCUCCGGUCAUGGCCGUGCCUUCCUGGACGGAGAUCUCUCGGAGGACGGCUCCCUCGUCUGUGACUGCAAUUCAUGCUACGCUGGAGCCGAUUGCUCGGAAUUCUUGCCUGAUUGCGCCGCAGAGGUCAACAGUGGCGAUCCACUAUUCUUGGAGCCAUUUUGGAUGAAAAAGCGAGGCAGUAGUGCCAUAAUGUUAACAGGUUGGCACCGGAUGAGCUACAGCUUCGGCCAUGGGUCUCGGAAAUCUGCCAGACUAGAAAGAGCUAUCAGGGAACUCCACAAGGUGGUAGGAAAUGCAGUCACUGAUGGUAGGUUCAUAGUGUUUGGACAUGGUUCCACCCAACUCUUUACUGCAGCAGUUCAUGCCCUCUCAUGCCCUCCUCCUUCUCAUGCUUCUCCUGCCAAAGUGGUGUCUGCCGUUCCCUACUAUGGGGCUUAUCAACUGCAAACAGAUCUUUUCAAGUCUGGUGAAUUUGAGUGGCAAGGAGAUGCAUAUUCAUGGAAGAUCAACCGGUCUAGUGUGCCAAACACAAGGUUUGUGGAGUUUGUGACCUCGCCAAACAAUCCAGAUGGCCAACUUAACCGAGCAGUUCUGAAGGGCCCCAACACCACCACGAUCCAUGACCAUGCUUACUAUUGGCCACAUUUCACGGCUAUCAGUGAGCCUGCAGAUGAUGAUGUGAUGCUUUUCACCAUGUCCAAGCUCACAGGCCAUGCUGGUAGCAGACUUGGGUGGGCAAUAGUAAAGGACAAAGGUGUGUUUCAGAGAAUGAUGGACUAUGUCGACUUGAACACCCUGUCUGUUUCUCAUGACUCCCAGCUCAGAGCACUCAAGCUUCUGAACGUAGCCCUGGAGAAGAAUGGAUCAGAAAUAUUUCGGUUCGGAUAUGAAAACAUGAGGUCCAGGUGGCUCAGACUUGAACGUAUCGUCUCGCACUCAGAGCGGUUCUCGCUGCAAAGACUAUCUCCGCUCUACUGCAACUACUUCCAAAGAGUGUCGGGGCCUUCUCCAGCUUAUGCAUGGGUGAGAUGCGAGAGGGAGGAGGACAGAGACUGUGCGAAGGUGAUGGCAGAGGCGGGCAUAAUUGGAAGGGCAGGGAUCGUCUUUGGUGCCGAUCCUCGCUACGUGAGGCUCAGCCUUCUCAGGGCUCAAGAUAACUUCGACUUGUUGGAACACAAGCUGCAAGCCCUCGUCGCGCAAGAAGAAUACGUCAACACCAUUUAGUUGCGUUUCCUCUACAACCGUCAUUGAAGAGAAAUGGGUGCUUCCAUUUUCCACGUACAAAGCAUAUCCCAAACAAACACUCUCUAUUUCUUUCAUUAAUUAAUAGGUAGUGCGAUGGGUGGUGUGUUAUAGUUAGGUCCUUAGUGCAUUUCUUGGUGAGUGGUGUGUUAUAGCCACAUCCUCUCAUACCAGUGGAGGUUUGAUUAGAUGUUUGAUUGCUUUUUCAUAAUUUAAUUAGUACUUGAUAUGAAGCACAUGUACAAAGUAAAUUGUGGUAAACUAGGCCAUGGAUUAUAAGAAGCUCAAAUGCUAGAGAUUGAGUUGUAAAUUGAAAAUGUGAUUUGUUUAUUCAAUAAUACAAAAUAAAUUAAACAUCCCGGGACAUCCUUGUUCUACUCUAUGAAGCCAUUAGUAUUUAUUUGGACAAGACUAAUCAACAAGAGAGAGAGAGAGAGAGAUGUCUGCUGAUCCAGGGAGAGUGCAUCCCUCUCUACUUCUCUGCUCACUCUCUCUCAACCUCAUUCUCGCCUCUCUUUCUUCAUGCCUCUCUCUUUCUCCCCCCUGAUGCGGAGCUAACGUGGAGCCGAGAGGCUGCGGCGGAGGCGGAAGCCGCCGCUACAGUUUCUUGCUCUGGCCAUGGCCACGCCUUCCUGGACAGUGAUAUCUCGGAGGACGGCUCGCUCGUCUGUGACUGCAAUUCAUGCUAUGCUGGCGCCGAUUGCUCGGUAUUCUUGCCCGAUUGCCCCGCAGACGCCAACGGGUAACCGUUUUCUCUGUCCUUUCUUCUCUUAUUUUCCUGUAAUUUCUUCUCCUGCUGCUCCGAUGAUUCCAAAAAUAAGUCGGACAGAAUUUUGGACGGGGAAGAUGAAGCUACGUCCAAAUGGAAAAACAUAUUUAAUGAAACAAGGUACUUUUUAUCUCUUC